AUGCUUGCACGUAAAAUAAAGCAAGCAAUUGCCUCCUCACGAAGGGCAGCCCGCAAUUUCCGGCAGGCCCUCGAAAACUUGGGGGACGAACUUGCUGCAAAUGACCCCCGAAGGCAACCUGUGCCCAUUCCAAUGCCAAUUCCGGUUAGAUCAAGAUCACCAUUUCCUUUUCCAGCUCGUACAGGAAUGCGAGAUCAGCCUGUUUCCCCCUGGACCAGCAUAUUCUCACGCUUAGCACCCGUCAUAUCUCGUGUCUUAUUUCCCCAGGCCUUCCGCUGGCCCGCCUCGACAUUAUUUCCACUCGCAGUCAUAUCCAAACUUGCAAAAGUUCCCCGUGUGGAAAUUGCAAGGUCUUUCCAUCAGGCAUCCUAUCCAAGGGCUAUGCCCCCAAGGGGCAUCUCACGGACAGUCCAGGCUGUUUUGUGUAACGUGCAGCCUUUCCGGAGUACCGUUCGCCCACGUUUUGCAGGCUGUCCUAAUGCUUUGUAUGCAAGCUUCACCCACCAAAAUGCCAGGAUGUUUUCCACGUUUGGUCCAAAUGUCACCGCCCAGGCAGUUCAGAACAUCUCGCAGGGCGUCAGGGCAUUCUUCAUCAAGACUGCACAAAGCAGCUUGGGCAAAAACCUCACCACAGACUCGCACGUUGGCUCCUGCAGCACAAAUUCUAACACUGUGCAGAAACUUUUUGCCAUAACCAACAGAGACCCUUCUUGCAUCCGCAACCUGGGAUUGGAUGGUUGCUUUGUUGAGUUCAGCCUUGCCCCUAGUUCCUCUGGUGCCUCCGCCGACAUCCUUCCAGGGCAGUGCAUCCUCGAUGAUGAUGUCGUCAAGGAUUUGACCAGCUUCGUGAAAUACAACGUCGAGUAUCAGAAGCUCGUACUCAAAGAAAUAGUGGCAGUGCAGCAAAAGAUAGGCUCGCCGUUGGUGCGACGAGUUUUCGGGCAUAGAGGCGAGGCUCUUUUCCGCUUGUAUUUUCCCGAUUGCUCGCUGAGGAAAAUGGAAAUGCUUUUGACGGAUGUUGGCAUUACCACCGGAAUGGUCUGCCGGCUUCCGGCGGCAGCUCCUGGUGUCAUUUCAGGCCGGGCUGUGCAUCUUCCAGUCUCCUCUGUCGAUUCCAGUCCAGGAGUCCACACAUACGACUCUAUUAUUUCUACGAGUACCGAAUCCGGGCAGUGUCUUGAGUCCGAGUCCUACUGUGACCUUGGCUCAGACAUCCUAUCGUCUGGAAUGUCUGAUCCGGAGUAUUUUAUGGCUGUUCAGUGA